CACUUCAGUCCCUAUCACAACAACUAGCUGAAUCUUAAUGACACUUUAGCGGUGGUUACAGACAAUGCAUCAUACUGUCUGAAAGCAUUCCAGGAAGUUUUAAAAGGGAUUAUGCCUAACAGUGUACAUUCAACCUGCUUGUGUCAUGUCAUCAGCACUAUAAAUACUUCAGUGAGGCUGCAUCACUAGUGAUGUGAGUAAAGUUUCCCUUCUUCAAGAAACCUGCCAGGAAAAGGAGAUGGGCAACCAUAUUGUCACUGAAAGAGAUUGUGCUGACCAAGGCAAUAAAAAACUAUGAAACAAAAUGAAUGCUUAAGUUGCAGUGGUGUCUUGUCUCAGUGCAUAGCUUAAGCAUUAAUAAUUUUUGUUUGUUAUCUUAAGCAAAUGUAAAACAUCGUGGUUCAAACCACAGAGGUAGGCUCCUGUAACUAAGAUUAGAAAAAUGUCCUCUGAAAUCACUAUUACUACUACUAUUCUCAGUGUAAUUAUAACUAAUGUAAUUUUUUUUAUUAACCCCAUUUCCUAAUUUAUUUCCAUUAUCAUGAUAGGAGAAAUUUACCUAAAAGUAUACAAAAGACUUUUUCACAUUCCUGCUUGGAGAGGAAGUCCACAUUCACAGCCCAUCAUGGCCAACUACCAUAUACGAAAAUAUGAAGAUAAAGAUUAUGAUGCAGUGCGAGAUAUAUUUGCAAUUGGAAUGAGUGAACAUAUUCCUGCCUGCUUUACGCAUUGUUUGAAACAGCCUGUCAUGCAGCUAUCACUAAUGUGUGUAUUUUGUGCACUUCUUCUGAGCUCUAAGUCCUUUCUUCUUCCUGUCAUGGCUGUUACCUUUCUACUGGCUGCAGCACGUCAAGUGGUGAAUAUCAACUUCAGAGCGUAUAUUGAAAGAAGUCUAAAUGAAGAUUUACUUGACAUUAACAAAUCCUAUAUGCAAAGUAAAGAUUCAAGUUUCUGGAUAGCGGAAUGUGAUGGGAAUGUGGUUGCCACUGUGUCAACGUUUCCCUCUAAAGAGGAGCCAGGUACUUUGGAGUUAAAGCGCAUGUCUGUGAUAAAGAAUUAUAGAGGUCGUGGAAUUGCAAAAACCCUCUGUAGGACGGUGUUACAGUUUGCUCGUGAAAAUGGAUACCCUACUGUCAUACUGAAGACAUCUGUUGUCCAGUAUGAGGCACAGAAACUUUAUGAGUGUUUUGGUUUUAAAAAAAGUAGAGAAUUUCUUGUUCCUGAGCGUAUUGCAAAAUUGUGUAAUUUUACUGUAAUUGUUUACAGGUAUGACAUUCUUGCACAUGAUUAAGAUUUUAAAUUUCCAUAUUUUAUCAUAAUUUGAUGAUUGUUUGUUAAACACUUCCUGAAUUACCCAUAGCUACUUUGGAAUUGUCAGAAUUGUUGUCUUUGUAUAAGGUGAUUUACAUUUUUAAUUCCUGCUUCAAGCAUGAUAACAAAGCUAAUGUUAUGUGACAUAGUAUAGAACAGCCUAAAUUCAAAAUGUGUUCCCAUAAUGAUUUUUUAUUGUGCAUUGAAAUUUUUAAAUCUUUUCCGCAGAAAAGCAAUGCUUAAAUUUUAAUGAUGUAUUGGAAAACCCUAGUUCCAGUGUUUCCGGCUCUGUCUAUGCAUCUGACAACCAAAUACUGCUUGUGAUGUGCACAGAUUGUGUUUUGACCUUUUUGUUGUGAGCAAUAAAAUUAUGCAUAUCAGUCUCAA